GAUGUACCGAAGCGCCUGCUGCCGCUGCGCGCAAUUGGGCAGAGUAAUUGGGAACAGUUUGCCUUUGCGAAGCCUCUUGCUCGCUCUCUUUCUCUCGCUUCUCUUAAAGGCGCAGGCGGAACUGAGAAAGUCUCGUUUUUUCUUUUGGAUCGAACGGACGAAGAUCGCGAAUAUGUGAAACAAUCGGUCGACUAUUUUAAAAAACGCCAUUUUGCGGACUUUAUUCUUUUACCCCCCCACCCCCACCCCACUUUCUUAGGAUCUGUGCGCUUGCUUUCUGUUGCUCAGAGAAGCAGGGCUAGAUCGCAAUGGCUUCCAAGCUUCUGCGAGCCGUCGUCUUGGGUCCCCCGGGAUCCGGCAAAGGAACGGUGUGCGAGAGGAUCGCCAAGAGCUUUGGCCUCAAGCAUCUUUCCAGCGGGCAGUUUUUGCGGGAGAACAUCGGGGCGAACAGUGAUAUCGGUGUAAUGGCAAAGCAGCAUCUUGAGAAAGGUCUUUUGGUACCAGAUCAUGUAAUUACACAUGUAAUGAUGACAGAACUGGAAAAAAUGCAAACUCAGCCUUGGUUACUAGAUGGUUUUCCAAGGACAUUGGUUCAAGCUGAAGCACUUGACAGGAUAUGUGAACUGGAUCUAGUGAUAAGUUUGAAUAUCCCAUUUGAGACUCUUAAAGACCGACUUAGUGCUCGUUGGAUUCACCCAGCAAGUGGCAGAGUAUAUAAUAUGGAAUUCAAUCCACCUCAAACCCAUGGUAUUGAUGACAUUACUGGUGAACCAUUAAUCCAACGGGAAGAUGAUAAACCCGAAGCUGUUGCUGCUAGACUAAGAAAAUACAAAGAUGCUGCAAAGCCUGUAAUGGAAUUGUACAAAAACAGAGGGAUUCUUCACUCAUUCUCUGGAACAGAGACCAACAAAAUCUGGCCUUAUGUUUAUACUUUGGUAUCUAACAAGAUUCCUCCAAUCCAAGCAGAAGAAGCUAACUAAGCAUCUGUAAAAUGGGAAUAAGAAUUUUAUGUUGUUGAUUUUGGUCUUGUUUAUGACGUGCUGUAUCUGUGCUCUGCUCUUUUUUUUUUAAAGAGUAGCUAUUCUCUCAGAUUCUACUAGAGAAUAAUUGUAGAACUCCAUCUUCCAAUGAUCACUCUGUAUGGAAUUCUACUUCUUGGCAUAUAAAUACUUGUGCAUGGACUUCAAGCAAUUGUAAUUGAUAUGCAGAGGCAGAUACACCUGAGCAGUUCUGUAGAAUCCAUUGUCCAGCUACAUUUAGAUCUUCUCUGUAUUCAGUGUGCAUUUUCAUGGAUCCUUAAUCUAACACUCCAUUUAAAUGGAAACACACAAUAUCUAGGUGUAUCUUCAAUGCGGUAUAAGCACUGUGCAAAAUACAUGCAUUCAGUCAAAUAAUGUCUGUUUUGAGUACUUAAAAAACCGAGAAGAAUCAUGGCGAAUUCAAUCUCUUGGAAGAGGACCUUAGAUAAAUAUCUGUUAUAAAAUGCUGCUGUAUAAUAAAAUUAGACUUUUAAAUUUGAAUGGCUUUAGGCCUUUCUUUGUUGAAGAGCAAGCCUGUUCUAAUUCUAAGAACAGUUGCACUACAUGGUUAGUAGUUUUAAAACUUUGAUUUUAUAAUAUAGUAUAAAACCAGUCACUAAAAGUGCAAUAUCUCAGUUUUUUUGCUCCUGUAAAUUUGUCCCAAUUAGCCAUCAACCAGGCAAAUGAUUACAUGGGCAAACAUAAGUCAGACCCAGUUGGUUGUUGAUGUAAUAAGUAGUAAAAAUCUAUUGCUGUAGAGGUGGCGAAAUAGAUAUUUGCAGUUCUAUGACUGCAUUUUAGAAUUGUAACUCUUAAAGCUUGGUCACAUGUGCAAAAGAUGUACAUCAAGAGUAUGACUUAAUUUAAUAACAAGAAGGGAGACUUCUGACUUUACUGCCUAUAUUUCCAGCAUCCUCUUCUUUUCCUUGCUAAUUGCUUCAUCAGCAUCUGACUGAGACUGCAGGUAAAAGAACGCUUUGGAUGAGUAAAAACAGAUCUAUCUACUGCAGGGGUGUCAAACUCAUGUUGUCAUGGUGGCGUCCCAUGACAUAUUGGGACUUUUUCCCACUUUGGGUGUGGGCAGCGUGUGAUGCAUCCAGCCCGCGGACCAGGAGUUUGGCAGCCCUGAUCUACUGUGAAUCUAUUCCUUAAUAUUCACUCUACUUUUACAAUGUUGCUCUUGAGUUUAUAUGCUGCGAUGGUGCAGUUAAUGUGAGUAUUGAUCAAAUUCCUGCCAGCCGAUUUUAAAUCAACAGUUGAACAGAUAUAUUUAACUUUUAGUGUGUUUGUUCAAACUUAUCUUUUCUCAAGGGAUCAAUUUCUACUCUGCAAUGAAUAUGAGAAAAUUGGGGCUCUGCUGUAGGAAUCUCUAUGGUUUUUGUAGGAUUCAACAUUAUUUUUUUGAUAGAUGGUGCUAAUGGUCCUUGUUGGCCCAUGUUGUCCUCGGGAGAGUAGUCCUAAAAUAGUCUAUAGGAGAUAUAAAAACAGCAUAAAUUUGCUAAAUUGUCGCAAGUUGCCUUAUUUUAUACAGUAGAAAAGGGAUGAGGAGAAGUGGAAAUGCAUUUGAAUAAAUUAGUCUUUUACUGAAUUGUUAUUUUUUCUUGAUGCUUUUGAUAUCAAAAUUAUGCUUUUUGAUGCAAUAGAAUUAACUUCCACAAAUAAUGCCAUUUUUUAUGCAUUCCUACAAACACACAGUAUAUAUUAGCUGAUACUUGGGGGUGGAGUGGGGGGGGAGGGAAUGGCAAUUGCAAUUAAUAUUUUCAAAAUUGAAUUGGCAAAGCCCCAGUGUUAGUAUAGUACUGUGAUGGCAAACCUAUGGCACACGUGCCACAGGUGGCAUGUGUAGUCAUAUCAGUGGGCACGCGAGCUCAGCUCCGGCGCAUUUUCAGGUCUUCUGGGCCCACCAGAAGUAAGGAAACAGGCUGUUUUCUGCCUCCUGAGGGCCUCAGGGUGGUGGGGAAGACCUAUUUUUCUCUCUCACCUGGCUCCAGAGCCUUUCUAGGAGUUUGGGGAGGGUGAAAACGGCCUUCCCCACCCAUACGGAGGCCCUCCGGAGGCCAGACAUAGCCCAUUUACCAACUUCCAGUGGGACCGGAAGGCCCGUUUUUUACUGUCCCCAGCCUCCAGAGCCUCUCUAGGUGUCUGGGGAGAGCAAAAAUGGCCUUUCCCACCACCCUCCGGAAGCCCUCCGAAGGCCAGAAACAGCCUGUUUGCCAACUUCCAGUUGGUCAGUGAUGGCUAACCUUUUUGCCAUCGCGUGCCAUAGUACAUUUCAAACUGUUAACUAUAAGCACUUUGUGUAGUUAUUUUUUAACCUUUCUGCAUUAACUUUAUGCAGGAAGAUAUGCUACGACACCAGUUCAUUUUUUAAAAAUAUUUUUACAAGUUUAGGGUGAAGAUCUGAACCAAAUCAUAUACUGUAAGCAUAUUUUUUUAAGUAUACUUACAAAUCUUCCACGAUUAGAAAACUUGUUCCAUCUAUAACUACCAGAGCUUGGUUGCAAUAAUUAAAUGAUCGUUAGAUAUCAGCAGAUGAAGAAAAAUUACAACUCCUUGCUGCUUUCUAGUAGCAGUGCAGAUUUUUGAGUCUAGAUCAGGUACCCUUUCCUAUGAAGAUCUUCAUAUUGGCCUUGUAAUGAUAUAACACUCAUUUGAGAAAACAUACAUUACUACAUUAUAUAAGACAAUAGAAGGAACUUGGCUUUCAUUUUUGUAAGACAUUUAUUUUUACACAAAGCAUUAAGAGGGAGAACCAGGCUGCCAUCCUAUGUUCAUACUUGCCCAGGAGCAAGUUUUCUUGAGUUCUGUGGAUCUCAUAAAUUGAUAACGUAUGGUAUUGUCCACUUGCCUUUAUAAACUUUACACACAGAUACUGUUACCAAUACACUAUUUUGUUACUUGUUAAAAUUGAUUUAAAGAAGUACUCAAGCAAUUACUUAUGUGUGAGUGUGCAAAUGCAAGUUUUUUUUGCUGUUGCAGUCGUUGUUUUCACAGAGUAAUUGAAGUAGAAGCCAAAACAUUAAGAGCCAUUGCAUCACAGGAGAGUAUUCUCAAACAUUUACAUUACGACGCUUGUGCUCAUUGCACAGUGUGCAUGAAGUCUGCAAGAGUCAUAUAUAUGUCAAACUUGUAGUAUGAUCUACUUCAAAAGCAAAGUCUUGCUUUUGGCUGAUAGCUACUUCAGCAUAUCACUGCAAUUACCAUACUUUCAUUUAUCACUGUCAUUUAACUCUCAAGCAUACUGUUGAAUUUUUAUCUGUUUUAUACAGUGAACCACAGGCCUCUGUGGCUCAGACUGGUAAGACAGUCUGUUAUUAACACAGCUGCCUGCAAUUACUGCAGGUUCUAGUCCCACCAGGCCCAAGGUUGACUCAGCCUUCCAUCCUUUAUAAGGUAGGUAAAAUGAGGACCCAGAUUGUUGGGGGCAAUAAGUUGACUUUGUAUAUAAAUAUACAAAUAGGAUAAAGACUAUUGCUAACAUAGUGUAAGCCGCCCUGAGUCUUCGGAGAAGGGCGGGAUAUAAAUGCAAAUAAAAUAAAUAAAUAAAUAAACCUUUAAAAACAUUGCCUUUUUAUUCCAUGCUGCAUUGCCAUUUGCUCUUAUUUUUUGAAUGAUGUAUAAGCAUUUAUAUGAAGCAAUGGUUGUUGUCAUAUUAUUAUGGAAGACUGAACAUGUCUGAAACCAGCCCAAGGUUUUUACUUUGUAAUGAAAAAUAGAAUGCCGUUUGGAUUGGUGCUAGUUUACAAAUUGGUUAUUCUGAGUGCUUCAAUGUCCCUGACAAUUCAUAGAUUGAAGAUUCCAUAUAUGUAGGUACAACCCAUCUGCUGUAUUUUAACAUGACUGGUUUUAGAACUUCUUACGAAAACAAAUUACCCAUCACAGUAUAUAUUUGGAAAUACAGCUUUUCAAAGGUAUUUUGGCAUUCUUUUAAAAGACCUUUUCCACCAAAUUCCAUUAACUCUCACUGAUGGUACUUCAGGAAGUUAUUUCCUUGAUGCGAUCAGUAAGUGAAAUUCAAAGCAUUACCCUUGCUGCAGUUUUAUAAAGUUUAGAAAUUUCAAUGUAAGUAGCAUAUUUAAGAGGAAAAGGAAACCCUGUAUGGAUAUAUUAUGUAUAUCUUAACUCUUUUGAAGAUAACAAAGCAUUGGCACAAUAAGAACAUUUGGGCAGCUAUAGUAAUCAAAUCAAUACAAUAAUAAACAAGAUAUGUUUAUUGCAGCUUUUCACUAUAGAAGGUAGGUUCACUUUCUGCUAACCUACUCCUGCUCAAUGUCUAAUGUAACCAUGGAAGUAAUGAUAAAAUCCUCUCUAGUUUCCCAGAGUGUAGAUUUCAGUUACUCUUUCUGGAGAAAGCUCUCUUUGUUGGUUUCCGUGAUAGGUUUAUACAUUGCACUAAAUCAAGGUAUAAUGGCCUGGUUCAAAUCUAACCAACCUUAAGUCAUAAUGGGUGAAUUCACAUAUCUUAGCCCCAAGCAAGCAUUUGGUUUAGCUUUCUACUUUGCCACAAACUUUUUUCUGCUUGGUGUCUAAUUAUUGUCAGUCGAAUAUGAGCAUGGACCUUAAAUGUAAGGCUGGGUAUUCACAUUUUUUCUAUGCUCCAAGCACAUAGUGAAAAUAACAUAAUGCCACAAGGGAUUUGUGAUUUUCUGAAGAAAGGAUGGACAGUGUUCUGAUAUUAGGUGGAUUAUUAAUUUGAACGGAUUCUAUAUUUCCAACCAUUGUCAUUCUGUAUAUCAUAAUAGCUAUAUCAUAAUAGCUUGAAGAAAAAUCUUCCAAAGAGACUUACGAAGUGAUAAAAUAAGUUUCAUUUGGAAGAAUGAAAUAAGGGAAUCCCAGUACGUAUAUCACUGGAUACUGUGACAGCAUGUAAUGUCCUUUGUUAAUCUUGAAAAGCUAACUAGAAUCUGACCUGCUUAAUGGUUAGAUAGGAGAUCAACAUGAUAUGGCUGUAGGCUAGUUUGGGAAGUUGGAAAAGCCUACUGAAAGAAGGCAAUAGUAAACAUCUAUCUUCCAAGCAAAGGACAUGGAUAUUCCAUCAAGUCAUCCACUGUUGACUUUUCCUUGAAGGAGAGUAUUUACAUUUAGAUAUUAGAAGAGAAUAGAAGCAUUCUUCUGACUCUGUAAGUCUCCAAAAUUCAUAUUUGGCUUAGGGCCUGGGUACUUACGGGACCGCCUGCUGUUACCUCAUGCCUCCCACCGACCCGUACGCUCUCACAGAGAGGGACUUCUCAGGGUGCCGUCCGCCAAGCAAUGUCAGCUGGCGGCCCCCAGGGGAAGGUCCUUCUCUGUGGGGGCUCCCACACUCUGGAACGAACUUCCCCCGGGUUUACGCCAAAUACCUGACCUUCGGACCUUCCGCCGCGAACUGAAGACACAUCUUUUCAUUCGCGCGGGGCUGGCUUAAAUUUUAUUGGUUUUAAAUUUUCUAUUAUUAAUUUUAAGGGGUUUUUAGUUUUAUAUAUUUUAAAGUUUUUAGGCCAAUCAUAAAAUAAGUUUUUUAAUUUGUAUUUUAAUUGUAUAUUGUAUUCUCUGUUUUACCUUGGCUGUACACCGCCCUGAGUCCUUCGAGAGAAGGGCGGUAUAAAAAUCAAAUAAAUAAAUAAUAAUAAUAUUUAUGGCAAAGAGGUAAUCUAUUUAACACAUAUUGCUCUAUGAAUCUUCUGCAAGUGUAUGUAAUUAAGUGCAUCAAAAUAUGUUACAGGAUUAAAAUACCUAGUUGGCUCUGAGUUGUACACAUGUCAAGGUUCCAAGUAACACCCCAAUAUUGGAAUAUUCCAAUAUAUGGAAUAUUCAGAUGCUACUGUCUUCUUGUGAUACCUUUCCCCCAAAAUUAUUAUCUUCUGUAAUUUACCAUCAUUUUCACCUCACAACGUCAGCACCUUACUGUGAAUCGGAUGUGUUUUUUAAACUCAGUAAUUGUUAUAUAAUGACUGUAUAAUGAGAUCAUAUUGGAACUUGGAUGUUCUUUGGUUAGACAAGUGUUGUAAACAAUUUUUGUCUAGAAUAACAUCAUGGGAGAUGCGGUUUAUUUCUGCAUUGCAUAGCCUUCUCUCCACUCCCUCCAAAUAUUCCAUAUAGUCACUGUAUUAACAUUUGUUGUGUGAUAAUAAAUUAUCUUUAAUUUA